UCGGACUCGGUCGUCGUCGUAAGCGGCCGAAAUAAUUCACGAAAUAUUAUAUUGUUGAAAGGCAUGGAGUAUAGCUUACUAAAUUAUUGUGUUCAGUGAAUGCAAACGCGUGUGUGGUUUAAUUGAUAUUAUCGUAAGCGCAGUUAUCGACAAUAAAAUGUCUUUUGUUAACAUAAAGAAGCAAUAUCUAGCAAUGGGAAUGUUAGUUUUCGUCUUACUGUUUUUAUUUAAUAACAAGCCGGCUUUUCAGUGUCAAUUUAGUCCUGAAAUGUCUAGUUAUUUGCCGCCGAUAUACGGAGGGUUACCACCGACAUACGCUCGUCUCGCACAGAAAGCUGAUCUCACAAGGUUAUCACAAACAUUGUCAUUGGUGAAGAAUUUUCACUGGAUCGUCAUCGAGGAUUCAGAGACCAAGACAAAAUUGGUAGAGAAUCUCCUAAAAGAGUCCUCACUCAAAUACACACAUCUCAAUGUGAAAACACAUAAGGCGAAACAUUCGCACGGGGCAAGUGGAGUGGAACAAAGGAAUGCGGCACUGGAAUGGCUUAGAGGUUAUUUAGAAACAGCGGAGGACAAAAAAGGUGUGGUUUACUUCAUGGAUGAUGAUAACACAUACUCUCUGAAAGUAUUUGAAGAGAUGCGGAAAAUCAACAAAGUAGGCGUGUGGCCAGUGGGCAUCGUGGGUGGGAUGCGUGUGGAGAUGCCGCUAGUCACCAACGGCAAAGUGACUGGCUUCAAUGCGGUCUGGAAGCCCUUCAGACCGUUCCCGAUCGACAUGGCCGGGUUUGCUAUCAACGCCACCUUGUUCCUUGAUCAUCCAGACGCGAAGUUCUCGAGGAAGGUGCAGUCUGGAUUCCAGGAGAGCGAAAUAUUGAAAUAUUUCACAACGAAAGAAGAGAUGGAACCGCUAGCCGACAACUGUACCAAAGUGUACGUAUGGCACACACGCACACAGAAACCUUCUAUACUCAACGUGAAGAAGUUGAAACACACACCUGUACCGGACGAUCACAUCGAGGUAUGAUUUGGUUGCAGUUUUAAUGUUGAAACGCGUGGUAAAAUGAACUCUAUGUUCAUAUAUAUUUGGUCUCUAAACCGCUAGUUUUUCGCGGAUUUAGGAUUACAAUUUGGCGGAAUAAAAUAUUGGAGAAAUUUCCUAAUUGGAAUAGGUACAGGUUUUUUCUUUAUGUAGUACGAAAAAUGUAUGAAAUAAUAUUGUGUAGGGGCAUGGUACCCUAAAUAAUAUUUUGAUUUUUUUAUGACACUCCUUGUUGUUUUAAUAUCGGCUUGAAUGUGAACAAAUUAUGUUCCAGUCGCUUAAAUUUAGAAAUUCAAGAAUAAUGAGUUUUUUUUAAAUUUAUUUAUUGGUAACGAAAAAUAAAUAUUUUUAUUAUUUUACUAAACAAAUUUGAAUGACUAUAUAUAAAGUAUGCAACAUGUUAUUUUGAACUUGAUCGCGUGAAACUUUUUAAUUGUGGAGAAAGGUUAAUAAAUUGUGAAUAAUACGUAUACUCAGAAAAGAUACGAAGUGUACUUUGAAAAGUAGUGGAGGCUUAUAAAAUUAAAUUUAAGUCUUUACUAAAAUUAUAUUGACAAGAAUACAAUAAUUUAUGGUGAUUGUCGCUUCAUUUACAAAAAAUAUUUUAGUAACCAUUGUUUUAUACAUCAAAAUUUCCUUUUUUUUUUUCAUUCAAAAUAUAAUAAGUCUUACUUAUAUAAUCACUUUGAUGAAUUAUUAAAGUUUUUGUCAUUUCAAAUUCAUUUAUAAAUUAUUAUUCGUUCAGCUUUUGGCUCGCCACUCAGAUUACUUAUGCGUAAUAUAAGAAUAUAAUCACAUAAAUUGAAGAUCAAAUGCUAAGCUUUUGCCGUAAAAAAAAGCUAAUUAAUUAUUCGGUUUGGUAAUAAUCAUUGAAAAUUUAUAAUAAAAUGGCAUUGUCCGCAUACAUUAAUCAUAGCUGAUAUUUUAGUAUUUUAAUUGAAAUACAAUGCAAUAUGUUAGUAAUUUAUUUAUUCCUGAUGAACAAAAUAAUUCUAAUAUAAAUAUUUAUUUAUUUCAUUCGACAAUCGAUUAAUAUAUUUUGUUGUUUAAAUAAGAGGCUAACACCUCAUUUUAAUUAAUAAAUUCGUGUUGACUCGUGUAUCACAUCACAACAUAAUAAAUUAUCUCAUUAAAAUAAACAUUUUCCAAUGAACUCAGUAUUAAAUUUAAUUACAUUUAAUACUUUAGAUUUAAUUGUGACAAAAAUGUAUAUUCUUUGCACGAAUAGUAAACGCUAGAUGAUUUAUUUGUAAUAAUUUUAAGGCAACGUUUAGAUCCAGGGCUGGCGCUUAUAUGGCGGAGCGCAGCGCAGAGAUUAUUUUGCUUUGCUCCGCCAUAUAUGCGUCUGCCUUAAAUCGGGUAUUUCGACGCAAAGAAGCCAUUUAUUAAAUUAUCUAAUUUAUGGCCCCAUGAACGUGUGAGUUCUAGAAUGUCAAUCGCUAUAAGGCUUUGCGAACGAAUCUAGGUGGGCAACGGCUUGACUGUGCCUCUGGCAUUGCUUUAGUCCAGGGACGGCGGAUGCUGCUUAACAUCAGGCCGACCGCUCGCUCUUUUGCCUACUAAGGCUAUAAAAAAAAAA